AUGGAGUCCAACUCUCAUCAUUCACCUUAUGUGCACGCUUAUCGCCGUCGCCUCCAACGUAAAGUGUCAACACCGAGUAAAUUAGAAAAAUUGAAGCAAAGUAUCAAGACGGUUAGCAAAGAAUAUUGCGCAGAGUCAUCCAUAUGCGGCCUUAAGCACAUAGUUGAAGAUACAUCAUGGUUUGAAAGAGUGAUUUGGAUAAUAACAAUGAUUAGUGCAUUAAUAUGUUCCGUGUCCUUGGUAUGGAUAACCUUCAGCCGGUACUACGAAUCUCCUCUGGUGACUACACAAAUGCCAGAAGGAGUUUCCGUCAGCAAAAUCAUCUUUCCCGCAGUGGGCAUUUGUACAAACAACAGAAUUAGUAAGAGAGCUGUUACAGAGCUGGCUCGAAAAUUGUUGCAAGAGGAGCGUAAUAAGAAUUACACAGAAAAGGGAAUGCUAUCUUUACUCCAUGGCCUCGGUUGGUUGUACAAUCAGCAGUCAAUUGAUGAUAAGCAAGUGCAGGCGAUGAAAUUACAUCGUGCUCUGGGCGAUUAUGAUGUCAAUGAACUUCUGCGAAAUUUACAAUUCUCAGACGCCUACGAUUUCCCUGACGCGCCAAGUGGAAGCUUUUCCAUGCAAAUUAUAAGCCCAAAUAUGCAGAUGACUGCUCUAGUCACAGCCAGCUUUACGGAGGCAUCACGUGACAUCCAGCACGUACCUGUGAAACUAAGACGUUGUUUAUUCUAUGACGAGUCAUCGUAUCUGCCGUUUUAUACCUAUAGCGACUGCUUGCUGAAGUGCAGAAUGCUGUUUCUAUUAGCCAAGUGUAAAUGUACUCCGUUUAACAUGCCCAAGAUGGUAAAUAAGAGAACUUGCGACAUGCGGGAUGUUCCGUGCUUAAAAAUGUAUCAUGUUCAAUCUUUAACAGUUAGACCUGAUGUAGACCCAAUACCACCUGAGUUGGAACUGGAUAUGGUUGGAGGGGGAAUACCUUGCCCAAUGUGUUACCCAAGCUGCUCAAAGACAGCUUAUAAUUAUGAUUUUACCAGUAAUAAAAUGUAUCCAGAAUAUCUCAACACUGUUAAAACAAACGACAGAGUGCAAUGGUUACAAGGCGCGAAUUUCACCGGAACAUCCAUUGUGCACGUGAAGUAUGCGAGAGAAGUUGCCGAUUGUUACGGGCAAAACAUUAUAAUGAAAUGGUUCGAUCUGAUCAGUAAUAUUGGCUCAACGUGUGGAUUUGUAACGGGAUUCAGUUUCGUUUCCGUCCUCGAAUUCAUUUACUUCUACACUGUGAAACUUUUCCGAGAAAUCAACAGUCGACGUCAGCAAGAGAAACGCAUAGACAGUGAGACAUCUGGAAACUUUGAUCAUAUCAGCCGGUAUCGACCGAUCUACUGGAACGAGCUAGGCGGUUCUACUAGGUUAUUUUGGCUCUGCUUUGUCAUCCUUUCUUGGUAUGGGUCGUCACUUUUGAUAAAGGCUCAGUACCGAGCCUUCCAAAAUAACCCAAUAUCUUUCGUCGUGGAGACAACAUAUAAGGAUUGGAACACGCAGUUCCCAUCAGUCGCCGUUUGUGAAAACGACAACUCAUUACGCAUAGAAAAUAUUUCAGACAGUUUGUGGGGACCGGAUCAUGAUUUUAAUAUGGAAGAGGUUCUAAAAGAAAUAUCUUACUUUAAAGGUGUUACAUACUAUACUUCUGAGUAUUGUGGUGCCACUGACCCAUUGGAAGAAUGUUUUAGUAAUAAUUUAACAUACUAUGCCAGUUUGCUUCGAAGUCCAUGUCGGGAAGUUAUGUCUAACUGUUCCUGGAACAACAAGAGUUUUGACUGUUGCGCCUACUUCAGGCCUAUGGAAACGGAAUUUGGGACGUGUUUUGCUAUUAACUCUAUACAAGGCAGCGAGAAAAAUGUACCAAAAUACGAAAUGACAAGCAACACAACUACUGGAGUAGGAGUGAUAAAGUUUUACAUGAUGAUCCCUGCAAAAGUGUACAUUUUGAAUGAGGAAGAGGUGCCAUCCUUAACGUCUCUAGAUUCAAAUGUCCUGCCGAUAACGCUCGAUUUAAAUCAUAGAAAAGAAGCACAGAUGCGUCUGUGCAAUUGUUCUAAUUUUUUUAUGCCUAAAACCCAGGAAGAAGAAAAGUGCAACAUCAGUGGGGUCAUUUGUAUGAAUAAUCACGCCGAUGACAUAACUGUGCUGAAGGCUAGCUGGUCUCAUCACAAGGGGUUGUAUUGCGACUGUCUUCCGUCAUGCACUGAGGCUGAAAUAUCAGUAGUGAAAGAUAUUAAGGAACCCAACGUUUUGAAAUAUUCUACAGUCCAAAUAGAGCUGUCUUCAUUGCCCAGUGAGAGGUACAGACGGAACGUAGUACGUGGUGUACUGGAUUUAGUUGUGUCAACAGGUGGAACGGGUGGGCUGUUUUUGGGUGCCAGCUUAUUGAGUUUCGUAGAAUUGCUGUACAUUCUACUGAUAAGACCAUUCUGCGAUGUCUACAAACAACGGCAUGAUGAUCCCUGGCAUAGAAAGUAUGGAACCAGACAAAUUAAGGACAACAAAUUUGCACUGAACAGAAAUUUUGCUUUUAGGAAGACUUAA